AUGACCAGGCCUCGCCGGCACUCCGGCGCGAGCGAGGAAAGCUCGGGGACCGCCCGGGAGCAGGAGCUGGGGAGCAUGUAUGAUUAUUUGGCCAAGAUCAUAUUGCUUGGGCCCAGUGGAACGGGAAAAUCAUGUUUAUUACAUCGCUUCGUCAAGAAUGAGUGGAGGGUCCUAUCGUCGCAAACUAUCGGUGUCGAGUUUGCGACCAAGAUCAUCAAAGUUGGUACCGGAUCGCGGCGAAAACGAAUCAAGCUCCAGCUUUGGGAUACCGCCGGCACCGAACGAUUCCGAUCCGUUUCUCGCUCAUACUAUCGAGGCGCCGCGGGCGCUAUCCUCGUCUACGACUUAACCUCGCAUGCUUCGUUCCGCGGCCUACAACCCUUUAUCAACGAUGCCCGAGCCCUCGCGUCCCCGAACCUCAGCGUCCUGCUUGUGGGAAACAAGCUCGAUCUCACCGAUCCGCUUAUCGAUACUAGUCUCCCGCCACCUACACCGACAAGCUUCACUUCGAACUCGACCAUAACCCCCGGCGCUGGUGGGAGCUCCUACACGAGCACAGCCACGGGUAGAGAUCGUGGUGCAUCCAUCAGCGCCGGCACUCAGCAAAGAGCUACUGUUGCCCCCGAGGGCAGGGAGGUUACACGGGCUGAGGCUAGCCGAUGGGCCAGCACGGCGGGGAUAUCAGUGGUGACGGAAGCGAGCGCCUUCAACGGCGAGGGCGUCGACGAGAUCUUUGGCAGAUUGGCGAGGAUGAUCCUGACAAAGAUCGAACUUGGAGAGAUCGACCCCGACGACCCAGCCAGCGGGAUCCAAUACGGCGACAGCGGCGGCUGGAAUACUGCCAGCGACGGAGGCAGCAUUAAGAGCUCCAUGACGGGAGCCACAGUGGACGAUGGUCUUAGUGGGCUCAGGAGGAGACGCAAGGGUAAGAGCCGGACGCAGAACUGGGGCCUGAGGGAGUGGGAGGAGGUUUUUACGCUGAGCAACCGGCGUAGAGGCGGCGGCUGCUGUUGA